AAAAGUUCAUAACCCACAUUGAGGGUUGUGAGGAUUGUGUGGGCUCAUGAUGGGGAAGGAGUCUGACCAUAAAAAGAGAAUGGGAAAGGAGGGCAAAGAUGUUGAACGUGGAGAAACUAGUAGUAACCAAGAGGAGUUGGAACAGCCUUUCAUUAGGCGGCGGAAAGUUGUUGCUCAUGAAGAUGAUGGCAGUGGGAAAGAAUUUCAAAGUGAAUCCAUUAGCAUGGUUCUGCUUAGCACAGGUGUUGCUGUUUGUGGCUCUUUCCAAUUCGGAAUAUGCGUUGGAUAUUCAGCACCAACUCAAUCUGCUAUCAGGAAAGAUCUCAAUCUCUCUCUAGCGGAGUACUCAAUGUUUGGCUCUAUACUAUCAAUUGGUGCAGUGCUGGGUGCUAUAACAAGUGGUAAGAUUGCAGAUUUUCUCGGCCGAAAAGGGGCGAUGAGAGUGUCCUCUGUGAUUUGCAUUGUAGCAUGGCUAGCCAUCUAUUUCUCUCAGGGAGCUCUGUCACUUGACACAGGAAGGUUUCUCACAGGAUAUGGAAUUGCAGCUUUCUCUUAUGUGGUCCCAGUAUUUAUAGCAGAAAUAGCGCCUAAGAAUCUCCGCGGAGGGCUUGCAACAUUAAAUCAGGUUUUCAUUGUUACUGGAGGAUCAUUUGCAUUCAUAGUAGGAACAAUUAUAAACUGGAGAGCACUAGCUCUAAUAGCAACUGUACCUUGCCUUAUCUUGCUUUUGGGUGUAUGCUUUGUACCCGAGUCUCCUAGAUGGUUGGCAAAGGUUGGCCGUGACAAAGAAUUCGAAGUUGCACUGCAGACACUCCGUGGAAAUAAUGCUGAUAUAUCCGAUGAAAUGACCGAAAUUCAAGAAUUUAUUGCUACUCUAAAUAGUCUUCCAAAAGCCUCAAUUUUGGAUUUAUUUCAAAGCAGAAACAUCCGUGCUGUGAUUAUUGGGGUUGGACUAAUGGUAUUUCAACAAUUUGCGGGUAUUAAUGGUGUACAAUUCUAUGCAAGCGAAACAUUCGAAUCAGCUGGAGUUUCAAGCAAAAUUGGAACCAUAGCUUAUGCGUGUCUUCAGGUCCCAAUAACUCUAGUAGGAGCAUUGCUUAUGGAUAAGACAGGAAGGAGAGUUCUUGUAAUGGUUUCAGCAGCUGGGAUGUUCGUAGGCUGUAUGCUGGCAGGAACUUCCUUCUCUCUCAAGGGACAAGGUUUGCUGCUCGAUUGGGUACCGAUAAUAGCCAUGUCUGGUGUCCUGAUUUACGUUGCGUUUUUCUCCAUCGGGAUGGGAGCAGGCCCUUGGGUGAUAAUGUCUGAGAUUUUCCCAAUUGAUAUUAAGGGAGUUGGUGGGAGCUUGGUGGUGCUUGUGAACUGGUCAGGUGCUUGGAUAGUUUCCUAUACUUACAACUUUCUGAUGAGAUGGAGUUCCCCAGGAACUUAUUUCCUAUACUCUGCAGUCUGUUUGUUGACCAUUCUAUUUGUGGCCAAGAUAGUCCCAGAAACCAAAGGGAAAACACUAGAAGAAAUUCAGGCAAGCCUCAAUCCAGACAGAAGACAAAGUAUAUGAACUAACAACCUUUUAGGAGUUUUUUUUUUAUGUCAGAGAAAUACAAGAAGUUACAAAUGCAACACAAAUAUCUCAAAAUAUAGAAUGCGAUAUAGAAAAAGAAAUGCUUGUAUUCGUUUUUGGAUAGAAAACUGUGGAAAGCAAGGUUGUAUGCAAACUAUAAAUAACGAGUUAUGCCCUGGUUUUGACCUC